GUAAAUAUAGUAGGCAGUGUACAGUAUAUAGUGCGCAGUAUGCAGUACAACGGCGUUCCAUUUCGAACACAGAACGUUCUCCCAAAUGCGAGUGAUUUGGCUUACAAACGCGUUCGAAUCGGCUCGAUCGAAUCAUUCAAAAGAGCCAGUUCAAAGAACGGUUGGUUCGCGAAUCGAACUUCGCUACUUGUGGUUUUCAGCCGGUCAUUAUUAUUGCUCAGGAUGCCUAGCGACAGCAGGAGAUAUUUAGAUGGAAAGCUGCAUGGCUCAGAUUGCGGAGGAUGCUGGAGAACAAGACGGCAGAUGUGUCUCGCCUGUUGUGGGAAUAUAAACUAAGAGCAAGUUUAAAGGACUCGCUUUGGAGGAUUUUGCCAAGCGGUUGCGGAUGGAGACUGUGCAUUAGUGGUCGUUAUGAUCUGGAGGCUGAACACUCAUUUUCCCAUAGACAUUGAUGACAAAUGCAAGAGGAAUGGAAGAAUUAUGAACUUGAAGGAGUGGAACCAAUUGCAAAUUACCACCUGUUAGUUGAAUAUCAGCAGCUGCAGGACUCUGGCUGGGCCUGAGGGCCAAAAUCUCUUACUGGAAUAAAGGAAGGAAGAAAAGGAAAACAUCAGCCCUGAACAAGCCUCCCCUGCCUCCUUCCCCAUGGCUUGACCUCCAUGCUUGCUGUGCUGAAGAUCUUUCCCUGGAGGGCUGUUUCUCUGACCUUAGCACAUGGAUUUCAAGACUUCAAAUGAAGAGACAAAGACUGGGAUUUAUUUGCUUCAAGAUGGUAGCGAGGAGCCUUUCAAUAUCCGUCUGCACCUGGCCAAAGAUAUUCUCACCAUUCAAGAGCAAGACGUCAUCUGUGUGUCUGGAGAACCGUUCUACUCAAGUGAGAGAACAGUAACUAUCCGUCGGCAGACAAUCGGAGGGUUUGGUUUGAGCAUCAAGGGUGGUGCUGAACACAAGAUCCCUGUUGUGAUAUCUAAAAUAUCAAAAGAACAGAAGGCUGAACUUUCCGGACUUCUGUUUAUCGGGGAUGGAAUUCUCCAGAUAAACGGGAUUAACGUGAGGAGUUAUCGCCAUGAAGAAGUGGUGCAGGUUCUGCGAAACGCAGGUGAGGAAGUGACUCUGACUGUGUCUUUCCUGAAGAGGACACCUGCAUUUCUGAAGCUGCCGCUCUGUGAAGACUGCUCAUGUACGUCUGUGUUCGGACACGCUACAUUCACCGGUAUACCAAGUGAUCAGAGCAGUGGAACGUCGUCUCCAUUGUGUGACAGUGGCUUGCAUCUGAACUACCAUCCCAACAACACGGACACAUUGUCUUGCUCGUCUUGGCCGAUGUCUCCGGGGUUGCGCUGGGAGAAGAGAUGGGUGGAUCUUCGACUCAUCCCCCUAUUGCACGCGCGUCUGUCCCAGUACGUCCCAGGUACUGACAUUUGCAGGCAAAAUGCCUUUCAAGUCGUUGCUGUGGAUGGGGUGUGCAGCGGGGUCAUUCAGUGCCCCGGUACUGAUGAAUGCACCGACUGGCUGCAAGCAAUAGCUACUAACAUUUCUGCCCUCACCAAGCACAACGUGAAGAAGAUAAACAGAAACUUUCCAGUAAACCAGCAGAUCAUAUAUAUGGGCUGGGUAGACGAGAAAGAACAAGAUUCUGUUCAGGACCGAAUGUACACACCAAAGUUUCUUGCCUUGAGGGGUUCAUCUCUCUUCAAAUUUUCCGCACCUCCAGUCACCACCUGGGACUGGACCAGAGCGGAGAAAAGCUUCACCGUCUAUGAGAUUAUGUUCAAGAUACUGAAGGACAGUGAGCUGGUGGACAAACGCAAGCACUGCUUCAGUGUUCAGACGGACUCUGGAGAGGACAUCUUCUUCAGCGUGGAGCUGGAAUGUGAGCUGCUUCUGUGGGAGAAAGCCUUUCAGAUGGCCACGUUCUUCGAAGUGGAACGAAUACAGUGUAAAACAUAUGCUUGCAUUGUGGACAGCCAUCUCAUGGGGCUCACCAUUGAUUUCAGCAUGGGCUUCGUGUGCUUCGAUGCUGCGUCAAAGGCAGUGCUGUGGAGAUAUAAGUUCUCCCAGCUUAAAGGAUCAUCAGAUGAUGGAAAGAGUAAAAUCAAGUUCCUGUUCCAGAAUCAAGACACAAAACUUAUUGAAGCAAAGGAACUGGAAUUCUCCAACCUCUUUGCAGUUCUCCACUGCAUCCACGCGUUCUUCGCAGCCAAAGUGGCUUGUUUGGAUCCCAUGUUUGUGAGCAGCCGAAAUGCCGCCAUGGCCCCCGUGGUUUCCACGACUUCCACCUUAACCGCCCCACCACAGAUAUCCAAGAUCAAAUACACGAGCUGACAGACUCCAGUCACGGAUCCUCUCCUUCCAGACAUUGAAAAGGUAGGAUGAGAGGAACUAAACCCGACAAACAAUUGACAGACAGCGGAUGUCCACUUUGAAACGGACAAUUCAAGUACGUAACACUGAAAUCCUCUCUAUACCCUCCGGAUGGGAAACUCCAGACUCAAACAUGAACUGAACAUUUUUAGGAUUAUGUUUCCAGUUGAAGAUGUUCCUGGUUCGCUUUCAGCUGCAGCCAUUAGAAAGUUGGACUCCUCCCCUUUGAUAUUCAAAUGAUAUGAACACUUCUUUGUGUAUACUUUUAAACUAUUAUUAAAUCUGGUGAUUGAUUGGAAUGAAGCUGUUGUGAAACUGCCAUGAAGUUCCUGAGCCUCUGUUGAUGCUUUUUUUACAAAUAGCAAUUUAGUUAACCAGAGUAAUACCAGCCAUCUUAAACUUACAUUUACAGUAAUAAACACAUUUUCUGAAUGUUCGUUACAUAUCUGCGGAGCCCCACACAUGAUAAAAAUAUAUAUAGAUCGUGUUCACGAAUUAAGAAUUCGAUCUCUCGUUUUAGUUCAAUCGUGGCCACAAAUGAAGAAUUCACAUGUUCACAUGACUUGUUUUAGUAAAUUUUGGCCACGUUUUAUGAAUUCAUUCACUUGUUUUGAUUUAAAGGAGUCCUUGAUUUCACUUUUUUAACUUUAGUCAGUGUGUAAUGUUGCUGUUUGAGCAUAAACAACAUCUGCAAAGUUACGACGCUCAAAGUUCAAUGCAAAGGGAGAUGUCAGUGUCAGGCUGAACACCG